AUGGUCCAAAUCUCAUCGCUCUACCUCAUCCUAGCUUCUGCGCUCCUCGCGCACGCUGGUAUCCAACAGAUUGACUUCACCGGCGUCGGCCACAUCUACGUGCUCCAAUCGGAAGACUGGGGAAGCGCAACGCCCAAGCAAACAGUCGGCUGCCUGAACGAAAAUGGCAAGUUUGUGAACGAAAAAACAUCAGAAUGUGGUACAUUUGCACGCCAGAGCGACUACCCAUACACGCUGUCAAGUAAACAAGGCAAUUGUACUUUCCAGGACGACUCGCAAGCGCGGAAUACGGACAGUAAAUAUGGUGGAUUGGACUACGCGUGGAAUUGCCAGCAAGAACACAAAGCCGAGAUAUACGACCAAUUGUACACCAUCGACGGCUUUCCUUACGUCUUCCUCUGCUUCGGCGAUGUAGCAUGCUACUAUGAUGCUAAGAAGGUGCCCGCGGACAACGAAAUACUUCCGCUUUGGCAAUUCCGAUGGGGCUCGCAGCAGAUGGACAUCACGCCUGGGCAUAUUAUGCUCCAGCUGAUGUGGAAGAAGAUUGGCAAUUUGCCAAAGAGAGAGGGCGAGAAAAGGAUCCCCGGUCCAAGGAUUAUAGUGGACGAGGGUAUGCAGGUACCGUUGUUAGGCGCGAAGUCGAAGGGGUAA